AAGCCUACGCUUUACGUUAUGUUCAUGUUGCCGUAAAAAUAUCAUCGCUGAAAGACGCAAGUUGCAGCCAGACAGCUUAAUAACAUUUUAACGGUGUUAAACAAAAAUGGCCCUUGAGUCGCGGAUCACUCAGGAGGAAAUUAAGAAGGAGCCCGAAAAGCCCAUCGACCGGGAAAAGGUUAAUGUUUGGACCUGCCCCCUCCUCCUGAGAGUAUUUACUACCAACAGUGGCCGACACCACAGAAUAGAGGAAUUUUCUAGAGGGAACGUUCCUUCCAGCGAGUUGCAAAUCUACACUUGGAUGGAUGCUACUCUGAAGGAACUAACUGGUUUAGUGAAGGAAGUGUAUCCAGAGGCCAGGAAAAAGGGGACCCACUUCAGCUUUGCCAUAGUCUAUCCAGAACCCAGAGGGAAAAUGUACAAGUUAAAAGAGAUCGGCAGUACCAUGUCUGGCAGGAAGGGUUUGGAAGACUCCAUGACGCUGCAGUCCCAGCGGUUCCAGAUUGGAGACUAUUUGGACAUAGCCAUCACACCGCCCAACAGAGCCCCGCCCCUCAACCAACGCAUGAGGCCCUUCUGAACGCACAUGAAGCGAUACAUCUGUUUUUGGGUUCUCUUGAGUAGUUUAGCCUCAUUUUAUAAUUCUUCAUGUUUAAUAAAGCUGUUUUUUCCCUAUA